AUGUUUGGUGAAUCAUAUGCUGAUCAAAUUAAAAGCAUUCCGCUGGCAGAUAAUACGGUGGGAAGACGAUCAGAUAUAUCUAAUGAUCUUUGCAAUCAGUUGACAGAAAAAAUUAAAUUAUCUUCUUUCGCGUUGCAAGUAGAUGAGGCUACCGAUGUUGCUAAGGAUGCACACUUAAUAACAUAUAUAAGAUAUGUUAUGGAAAAUGAUAUUAGAGAAGAGUUGUUAUUCUGUAAGGCAAUUGAAGGCAAAGCUACGGCGAGUGAAGUUUUUAACAUGAUUGAUAACUUUUUUAUUGAAAAUGGUAUUUUAUGGGAGAACUGUGUUGGACUGUGCACUGAUGGAGCUCCAUCUAUUGCAGGGAAAAAUGCUGGUCUGCAGGCCCUAGUUCGAAAAGUGGCUCCUCGUGCAGUUUGGACGCAUUGUAUGAUUCAUAGGCAAUCUCUUGUUGCAAGAAAUAUGGGUGAAGAAUUACUUGAAGUAUUUGAAAUUAUAAUAAAAGUUGUUAAUUUUAUCAAAAAUAGUCCAUUAAGAAAAAGGCUUUUUGGAAAAUUGUGUGAUGACAUGGGCUCAGAAUACAAAGCACUACUUUAUUAUUGUGAAGCACGUGCUAAAGUACUUCAAAGGAUGUUUGAGCUCAAAAAAGAAAUUGCCAUUUUUCUUGCUGAUAAUAAAAGAGAUGAAGCAGACAUAUUUUAUGACACGAAGUUUCUCGCAAAAUAUGCGUAUCUAGUUGACAUUUUUAAAAGACUAAGUGAUAAAUAA